UCAAAGAUGCUGCUUAUCUACACGGAUGUUUGAAGACUGGUUCAUGGAGGAAUUUUCAUAUACACGAACUUAUGUUGGAGAUUUUUUCUAGUUUUCCAUUCAAAGUAUUGGUAAAUUCUAUUUCACAUGACAAACAGACGUCAUACUUAGCUUCAUUUGGAUCAUUCAUCAGACGAGGAAAUAGAAGAAAAACACCAAAGUGCUUUUGUCAUCCUGUUUUUGAUUACAAAAGGUAAGCAUAAGUAGAAUAGCAUAACUUCUAACUUUCGUCAGGUAUUUUAGCCUCGUCUCCUCCUCCGCUUCUUGCACCUUUUUCUGGUGUUUCAUUUAAUUUCUGUUAACGUGAUCUUUGUUGAUUCAUUGACGUAAUAUCGAGCUCUUUCAUCAUUCGCAACAAGAGAUUUUUUUGUCGUUUUAUAAGAGCCGGCUACAUGCUUGAGUUCAUCAGUUUUCUUUUUUUUCAUAAAUAUAUCCCAAGGAUUUAAUACAUGCGUAAAUUUAAAUUGAUAAAGUACAUUGAAGGAUUUGUGUUUACGUCUGCAUGUAACUGUGAUGACAACCACGGAAUAGGUAAACUGUUAAUAUUGAGUGGAAUAUUUCGUGUUGAGAGCUUUGUCUUUAAGAUUGACAUAUUCUUCGCUUCUCUUUGGCUUUUGGUUAUUCUAUUAACCUUUGGCAGGUAAUAUUUAGACGGAAGGCGUUUUCAGAAUGAUAAGAGCAAUGGGAUUGGAUUGUAUUUUCCUUAACUUGAAAGCCAGCAUGGGCGAUAUAACUAAUUCAGUGAAAGGAAGCUAAGUUGUUUUAUAAACGAAGAUGCUCGUCACUAACGGCUAGCUCCUUGACAAGGCGAACUUGACUCCUGAGAAAUUGCUUGAUUCUGUUUGAACGCCGCUCGAUGUGAAUAGGUCGCUCGCUUUUCAACAGUUGAGCUCCGUCAGUCAGGCCACUGUAAAGGAAUUGAAUAUGUUGAAUAUCAUUGAAUAUUGAAAUCAAGGAAUUAAGCUGUGUUAUCAUUUUAUAUUACAAUAAACAUUAAAAAAUUCUUUACAGGAAAGAUCUACAGGGACGAGCUCUUACAGUACUUGCAAGCACUGAACUCGGACCCAAGGAAGUCAAGGAAGGGUACCGCACAGAUCGCCAGAUAGACUUAUUCGUGCGACGUCUACAUCACAGGAAAACAAAAAAAAGAAGAAACUACACAACAGCCAGGUAUUCAAACGACAGGAAAAGGAAAAGUCACAUGAACUAUGGCGAACUGCACCGUAAGGCAUUGUGGAGCCGAUCCGAACGUCUCCUUGGCGAAUGAUUCCGUUGCCAGGAACAUACCCUUGGUGGAAUCGCUAAAACUAGGUUUGGAGGUAUUAAUCGCUUUGUUUGGAGUUGUUGGUAAUGUUCUGGUAACUGUUGUUAUUUGUCAAAUGGGCAAGAAGAAGAAACCAUCGGAUUUCUAUCUACUAAACUUAGCCAUUGCAGAUCUUGGCUUUCUGCUAUUUACAUUCCCGCUAGGAUUAAUCAAAGAGAAGUUGCCCUUGAACUGGCCUCUUGGAGAGUUUAGCUGCCUCUAUCUGUAUCCAAUACCGGAAAUAUUUCACGGUUCCUCUGUAUGGUGUAUUACAAUUAUCGCUAUACAUCGAUAUUUAAAAAUAGUGACACUUAAACCAAAACGCGAUAAUAGGAAAACUUCGCUAAGAAAUUCCAAGAUUAUUGUCGGGUUCGUAUGGGUGAUAUCAUUUUUUGUUUUCUGUUUACCACUGCACUUUGUUGUUCAAUAUCAUGAGCUGUCCAACGGAUUAGCUUCUUGCGGUACAGUUUGGCCUUCGUGGGAUCGCUCGUGGAUUUUGCCUCGCUUGUAUGCAGGUUUAAUGACAUUUUUCUCCUACAUUCUGCCACUUUUCCUGAUAGCUCUGACUUAUAUAAGAAUAGGACGUAAAAUUAACUGCAGCAGCAAAUUCAUCAAGGAUAUGAAAAUCGAACAUAGCGUUAUUUCAUCUGAUGAUGGUAAAGUUGUUAGUUUUUCCAAAAUGGAACUCCAACGUCUUCAUCAAAACAGGCGAAUCAAGAAAAUUUUAACGCCAGUUGUUGUGGUGUUUGCAAUAACAAUGCUCCCGUUGAGUAUGCUACGAAUCGCUUCUAUUUGGUGGCCAGUCAUCGCCACUCAGGCAUAUUAUAAACAUCUUCUGUUCAUAGUUGUAGUGUUUGUCGAGAUCAACUCUUCCUCAAACCCCUUAAUUUAUUCGCUAGUCAGCAAAGACUUUCGCAAGAGACUAAAGGAGUUAUUUUGCAAGGGUUGUGACGAGUCUCGAAAUGUUCUCUAGGGAUUGAUACACGAGUUCUCUUACUGACGCGUCAAUUGUUACUGAUUUAAGGAGUUAAUUAACUGAUGUAAGGAAAAAAUGUAAUCUGCUGAAUUGUUCAUGGUGAAUGAUAAAUCUCGAGAAAUGAAAUCAACUACUGUUGAGACCUCGGCUAAAAUGAGUCUCGGAGUCUCGAUCGGAGUCUCGGCAUAUUCUGAAACCUCAAAGUCCCGGAGUUUCGCAAGAUUAUUAUAUUAUAAAGGGGAAUCAGGGUCAAUAUUCGGUUUCUAAAUAGCAGAGGUAGGCGCAAGGGCCAGCACAGCUGAACUCUAUUACGGACAGUCCAACACGGAAAGACACGGCGUGACACGGACAGGCACAGUGUAAAAAAGGACAGCCACAGCCCAUUCUGCGAAAGACUGGUAACCAAACAUCUCACAGUCAUGCAUUUGUCUUUAAAGAUGGCGGCAAGAUUUGAGACAAGACAGGUAAGACUAAGGAUGAAGACAUGAAGACAACUACCCUAACAUUCAGGCGAGGCGAUAUGAGCCGUUUUCCAAAAUUGUUCAGUGAUUUAUCCAGCACGAGCUAGCGUUUUAAUAAGAAUGUUGUUUUAUGGCGACAUGAGCCGUUUUUCAAUUGGUCAGUGAUCUAUUCAGUAUGAAUUUGCUGAACAAUGCUGUUUUAAGGAUGCUUAAAAGCACAUUCUUUCGUUCUGUUAUUAACUAUAAGCUUAGCGUUAUACAUAUGGUCUCUUCCCCUGUUUAGGAUAGGAUGGAAAUGGUUCUUGAUCACGUACGCAGGACAUUUCAAGAAAUUUUCAGAUAUGUAAACAACGGUGACCUUUGUGAAGAAUCUGUGGACUAUUGACGCUAUGGGUGUCUCAAAAACUAAGACCUAAGACCUAAGAUCCAAGACCUAAGACCUAACAUCCCCUCCGAACAUCAAAAACUAAGACUUCAGACCCCCUCUGAAUCUCAAAAACUAAGACCUGGUUAUGCAACAAUGCAAUAAUCUUCUGAGCUUGAGCAUACUGAAAAUAAUCACGGCUGCUAUGUUUAUUUCGGUCAGACUCACGGGCACAGGGUUUAAAAUUUAAGCCGUGGUUGAUGUGCAUAAAAUAACGAGACAGUGUUUUCUGUCUGAAAAGGAAAUAUCAGAGAUUGAUCCAACGUUUGGUUAACAGUCUUCCGCAGAAUGGGCUGUGUCUGUCUUUGUUACUGUGCCUGUCCAUGUUGGGCUGUGCCUGUCUUUUUUACGCCGUGCCUGUCCGUGUUGGGCUGUGCCUGUUCGUGUUUGGUUAGGUCUGUACGUAUUACGGUUUGCCUGUACGUGUUACGCUGUUCCCAAUAGAUUUCAACUGUGCAAGCCCUUGCGUGUGCCUCUGCCGUUUAGAAACCGAAUAUUGACCCUGAUCCCCCUUUAUAGGACUAUCCCCAAACCUACAAAGAGUGCUAUAGUCGGUGUUACGGGUUUUGAUGAGUUUACGGAGGGUAGCAUACGGAUGGACAGCCAUACUGUAUCUUGGCAGGAGGACACUCGUAGGUAGAAGUCUGAGGCGAACUGCUUUGAUAUCAGAGUUUUUCUUCCUUUCUAUUUCUUUUUAGUUAAAAGAACGCUUAAAUUGCUAUAUACAUGAAUUCUCCAUGUUUAGAAGCUGCAAAAAUGUUCUUAUAACGUAUACGAUUACGUAUAAUGUACAUAUAAGGUAUUAUAUUCGGUCCUCCGACCCUUACAUCUUGCCAGUAUAGGAAUUAACUUAAACAUAAAUACGGUUAUUUCAUUAAAAUAACUGCACUACAUGUUCAUUACUGGCCUUGUAGAUAUUGUACAUAUUACCUAUCAGAAGACGACCGGACAUAUAUCCCCUCUAACAACUUAGAGCUAAAAUGUGAGGCAGGUGUCAUUUAUUGCCAGUGUCCAGUUGUAGCUGUAAUACAUGUACAUAAUCUUAAAAGCUAUUUUAUUCACUACCUGGAUUGGAGGUGUGGAUAUCCUAUGGACUUUGCUAAUGAUCUGUAGUUCCCUUCAAGCCCCGCCACCUCAAUGAACGCCAUCAGUCUGUACAUAUCCAGGCAUAGCGCUCCUCAAGACACAAGCCCUGUCCGAACGAUCAGUUCGACCUAAAUACAACAUUGAAAUCAACCCUGAAAUGUAAUCAGCAAAUCUAGGGCUUUGAAUCAUAAUGGCUAACAAACAUUGAAAAUAAUUACUCCUUCACAUCGAAUCAUUGUCAUGGUGUAGUUAAAUUGCUUAACUCUUGAAAACCUGAAAGGAAGCUAUGUAUAAAAGUUAGGGCUACAAGAGCAAUCUCUGUGAUGACCAACCAUUUAGGGGUGGACGGGGGUGGGGUUAGGGUUGUUCGUUCGCGUGAUUUGUUGGAUGAACUUGGUUGGGAAACGUUAACAAAAACAAAGGACUGCAAUAGUUAGCUGUGAUUACUGUAUGUACAAAAUCCAUAGUAAUCUUUCCCUAUGGUAUUUGAGACUGAUAUUUACCAGUAUUUCAAGUUUACAUACAGUGUUAGAAGCUAUGAGUCAAAUUGUUAUAUUUCUACAAAAUGGUAUCUGUUCUGUGGAACAAGAUCCCCUUCAUCAGAUCAGACAGCAGCCCAAUUUGAACGAUUUUAAACCUGUACUGCCCGGGAAAGAUUACUUUAAACACAUAAAUUAUAGAAACCUUGAUAAGAUAUAUAAGAUUUCAUUGCAUUUCAUUUUAUUGGUUUAGUGGUUCUGCAGUUAAUGUGUUCUAGUGUAAAGUAGAACGACUCUUAGGAAGCCAUGGUGUAUAUAUCAUACCAUUUCGUGCUUAAAUAAAGAUUGAUUUGAUCUGACUUAAUAUGAGAUAUUUUGCAAAUGUUCAUUGUAAAUCAACAACAACGACGACAACAACAACAACAACAACAACAACAACAAAACAUACAUUAGCUAUAUAAUUUUCUCUCGGAGUAAUGAUUAAUUUCUAAAAUUAUAACAGUAGAUCGAAAGACCACAAGUAAUAUACCAGGUACUGUUUGGGGUAUGUCCUACAUCACCACAAAAGACAUACAAGAUGUCACAAAUUGAACUGAGGAGUCUAUAAAGUAAAAAAAUGAAAACGUUCAAAAAUACCUUAUUCCUUGUAUAUACUGGGUAUACCCCUAAACAAUAGCUUAAUUUGAAGCUCUGCGUGUGCAGAUUUUUAUCAGAUUUUCAUUUGACCGUAAAAUUGUAAAGCGUGAAAGUUUCAAAAACUUGAGGAGUGGUUAAUCAAGUCUGAUUCAGGAGGGGGUUAUGAUUUUAUGCUUUCAAUGUGAAGAUCUCUCACAGAUCCUUUUGGCCUCCAAAUUUGAAAUGAAUUGGCCAAAUAUUAAGCUUAUUAUAACAUUUUGUGCCAUAUGGCACUAUCGAGACUUAAAGGGUUAAGGAAAGAACCAGACAGAAGUGUUGUUUCGUGUACUUGUUUAUUUCCUUAGCUUUCUUUACGUGCCUGGUACUGUGCGUGACAUUUCUGAGCAAAGUAGUCCAUCUGGGGUGCCUUCCAUUCGACCAAAUAUUCGGGAAUUCCGAGUGAGGGGGUCGGAAAUUUCCCGGAAAUGAUUCCGAAAUUUUGCCGAGUUUCUCCGAGCCCGGAAAUCUGAUUCUCAAGCUUCUCAAUAUCAGUGCUCGUCAUGUUUCUAACUGGCGACUUUUAAAAAUCUCUUACUUCAACACCGUUGUAGUGGAGUAGCAGUUUGCCCAGAUCUGUUGCAAUUUGGUAUCCUCCCUUUGGGCUCUCAAGUUUGUCUCGUCAUUGGAAAGUGACUCUUGAACUCGUCAAAAAAGUAAAGAAGUAUCGUACCGUCAAAAUAGUCGGGGGUUCGAUUUAAAUUCAUCCCAUGUAAAUAAUUCCAACCCACUGUAAAAAAGUUAAGUCGUCAUCCUCACCAAAUACAUCGUUUGAUUCAACAUCUGAGAGUCGUCAUCUGUUUCCCCUUUGUUCAUUUCAUAUUGUCGUGCGAAAGUUGGAACGUGAUGGCCUGGGACGGUCUGGUCCAACUAACCGGAAAAUUCUGUUUCAUUCGUCACAUUUCAAACCGGAAUAUUUCUUCAUACAUUUAAUGUAAUUUUACCCUAAGUAACUCGAACCUCCGUUAACUCGAAGCAAUUUUCGUUUCCAUUCACGUAAUUUUCUAUAUUAUUUUACUCUCGAUAACUCGAACCAUGUUUGUCAACGCGUGACAUCUCAACGUAUUCAGUACUGUAGUUCAAAACAUUAAAAUAACUAUUUCUAGAAAGAGUAAAUCGCAUGAACGCUGUAGCAGUAGCCCGACGUUGUUCUCUCAGAACUUGCAAAGUUAGCUGCACCUGGACUUCAGCCUCGUUCCUGGGGUCUCUCAUUUUCUCGCCCCCUCCCCCCGAGCGAGAGAGAAGAGACCCUGGUUGGCUCUGGUCAAUCAAUCAAUCAAUCAAUCAAUCAAUCUUUAUUUGUACUCACUAUUGCUUAAAAAAGUUACAUGUCUCCUAGAAUCUGGGAGAUGACAAUUUAAUUAUUGAAGGGAGGGGCGGCCUAGUAUGAAUUUUGUCUAGAUUGAGCCUACGGGGGUGCGGGAUGUGUUGUCACCAAAAUAAACCAUGAAAGAUAUGCUGCUCUGUCUGGCGGUAAUAUUCUGCAAACGCCAAAGAAAAUUCAUCCGUUCUCUGAUAGCGGAAAUCCAAGUUGCUGUAGGUUGAAUGGUUCAGUUUAGGACGCUACGCCUUGUUAAAAUCUCUUCAAGAAGGCGAAUGAAACAUUGCUCGCCGCGACCGUGGCUGUGUAUUUAAGAUCAUUUAUACCUCGGAAUGAAUUAAGACCACAUCUACUAUGUGGUCCUUGUGAACGGUGAUUAAAUAAUUUGUGAGCAUUCACUGAGGGCCAUGAUAACUGAAAGCCGAAGUCACUUCGAAAGGGUGACCCGAAGUGAGCUGUCGGCGACCCGAAAAGCGCGAGGGAUGAUAUCAUCACACAACGAUUCGUCGGGGUCUGAAUUUUGUCAACGCUGCUUAUAAUAACAUUUGUCUUCACCUGAAAGGAGGCCAGAAAAAGAAAAAUAUAAUUUUCAUUGCGUCGUUAAAAAAAAUCAGUGUAAAAAUGGGGUUAAUAGUCCUACACGACUAUUACGGUUCGUGACAUUUUCGCAUUUGCCGUUCUCUUUUAAUUUUCGACCUCUCGGCCUUUUCUUUGCUUCACACCUGUUUCUGAAGGCCACUUUAUGCUGUGUUAUUAGGGGGAAUUAAAAGUAGAGAAGAGCCGUUUUACUUUGUUAUAGGAAAUUUUUUAGCGGUCAUAGGUCUGCAAGGUUUCCGCUGUUAACUGCACGUCGUUUCGCAGAGUUUGCCUUGUAGUUACACUUUGUUUAGGCUCAAUUCAGGCCCGGCUGUUUGAUUAGAAUGUUUUCAAUUCAAGCAGAGAAUGCUUGCAAGCACACCAUGCUGCUUCUUGUCACGAAUAUCAUUUUUAUCUUCGUCUAGCUUUUCUUCAGAGAAUGCCGUAGGUCCUGUAGCUUUACUUCGAGAAAGCUAUGCGUUUGUCCAGAGACAUUCUUAUGUUUCUUACAUCAAUCUGAUCAAGCGCAUUCAAAGGAGAAACAAUUACUACGAUAUACGGAAUGAGAUUGCGCUGCUAGCGCUCGACGUCUACAGUUGAUUUUGUCGAGGAACAACGAAGGAAAAAGAUGAAAUAUGACUUACGUUCCAUAUAUCCAGUGGGUAAGACGGCAACAACAUCACGACCACGGUAAGUUGCCUCGAGACGGACUUGCUUUGAUUAACGUUGGAAUAAAUACUAUUCAAAAUUGUAGCCUGAAGGCUAGUGCUAAACAUUGCGGGUAAUGGCGGUGGCAGCGCGAUGCUUUGAAUCCGAGAAAGCUCAACCGACGCCACAAAUUGCCUGAUUAGAGAGGACCCUUCCCUGAUUUUCUCGAUUGUCAAAGAAGCA